ACAACUCACUUAUCCUAACCCUAACAGAAACCCAAUCCCGUUGCUCUCAGGUCCUAAGCUCCCCUUUCUGUAACGCCCUCUCGGUCAUCUUCCUUCUCUUCUUUCUCCAACACCCACCGCAUCGGCGUCUUCACCGUCGCCAUCAGAUUCGUCCCUCCUCCGUGCUCCGAAUGACCUUCGUUUCCUCCUCCGCCGUGCCGCGCCGCGACGGGCAGGAUAUUUGUUAACUGGAUUAGAAGUUUGCACUGUGAAAGCUAAGAAUGAAAACACUUUUAAGAUUAAGGCAUUGUUUACCACAAGGUUUAUGCAGACAAUCUCUUGGGUUGGUUAUAGUAGGGCUUAAUACUAGUAAGUCAAAUGUACUGUCAAGAAAUUUUGGUCAAAUUGCACGAAAAGAGGUGGAGGAGAAUGUUGAGGAGGUGGAAAUCGAGCAACGAAGUCUCCCGGCUGAUUUUGAUCCUGCAACAUUUGAUCUUACAGCUCGACACAACCCUCCAUCAGAGAGAGUUUUCAGGCUUGUUGAUGAGAUGGCAUCUCUAACCGUAGCUGAAGCAGCAGAAUUGGGUCACAUUAUGAUGAAGAAGAUGGGCAUGAAGGAGCUACCUACGGUGGGAUUUUUGAAACCAGGAACUGCAAAUCUUGCUGGAAUUGCGUCAAUGAAAGCGGAACCGGCUGCUGCAGAGGAGGAGAAGAAGCCAGAAAAAACUGUAUUUGAACUGAAAUUAGAGUCGUAUGAAGCAACUUCCAAGAUUAAAGUUAUCAAGGAGGUCCGGGGCUUUACUGAUUUAGGCCUGAAGGAGGCAAAGGAGUUAGUGGAGAAAACACCUUCUAUUAUAAAGAAAGGUGUUUCAAAGGAAGAAGGAGAACAGAUUAUAGAGAAAAUGAAAGCUCUUGGCGCAAAAGUUGUCAUGGAAUGAAGGUAACAUUAUCUUUGUUGUUCCUUUGGAAAGAAAUUUCUUCCAUUGUUCACAAUCUUUUUGUCAAAUUAUCUGAAGGUUUGAAAAGUUCAUAUUGUCAUCCUAGGAUACCACAAAAAUUUUUGGUAGUGGUUGUGUUAAUUUGUGUUAAUCAUUCUAGCUUAAUCUGGAACUUGAUUUAUGCUUGAAAAUUUUCCUUCAUAUCACUCCUCAUGGAGGCCAAUAAAAGUGGUUUUCCUACUGCUGAUGUUCACAUGUAUACAUAUUCGAGAAAAUCAGUUUUUCCUUGGCCAUCUUUCUAUGGAACACUAUAUAUGAAAUCUAAUAUAGUGUGUAAUUGACUUGUGGAACAAGACUUGGAUAUAUAGAAUUUACUCACAUUAAUAUUAUCCAUGGACACAUGGAAUUUUAGCAUUAACAGCUCACAUUAGGUUUGAGGAUAAUAAGCAUAUGUAGCAUGUCUCGUUUUAUUCACCAUUUAAUGAGAUAUGGUCAUACGGAUCUCAUUUGGAUUGAACGAUGGAGUGUGUGUGAGUCAAGAUAGGAUUCUAUACAUCAUGUGUACAAACAAUCCCUUCAUCAAACAUGGAAAAUUCCAUGAGUCAUAAUCACUCGGCCCUAUAAAUUUUGUUGCUCCUCAAGUGAGUUGUGCAAAUAUUGAUUUGUUGAAGGAUAUUUAUGUUUGAAAUUUUUGCUGAUAUAGUAAUAUACGAUUGGUUGUUUGUGUAAAA